GGAAACACAACGUCCCUCAUUUUCUGUAAAGGGGCUUAAAGGAGUUUAGUUAGUGCAAUAAUAAAAAAAGGACGUUGUUUCCCGCACCAAAUCGAUGACAAAGGGAAAGGGACGAAAUCCUGGUGUAUCCGGUUUGAAUAAGCACAUCAAGCGGAAAGUGCACCAGGAACGCUCGCAGCCUGCAGCUCGACAACAUCUAGGCGAACUAGAAAAACACAAAGACCAUGCAUUACGUGGAAAGAAGCGUAAGGCGAGAGUAAAACGUCUUCUGGAGCUGAAGCGUGCCGCCGCCCAGCGUAAUCCGGAUGAAUUUCAAAUAGGUAUGACCAAGGCCAUCAUGGAUGUCGCCACUGGAGGGAUUAAAAAAAGAACGCAGCGCAUGAAACCAGAGGAGCGUGCGUCCGAGCUGAAGAAAACGAUCGGUCACAACACCCGCAACGUGCAGUACCUGGAAUUUAAGGCGAAGAGCGAUCAAACCCGUUUAAAGGAUCUUCUCGAGGAGGAUGCGGCGGGUUCGAUCAUUGGCAGUACGCCCCAAAAUAAACACAUCGUUUUUGUGGAGGAAGAGGAGGAGUUCAAGCACUUCAACCCGCAGGCCUAUUUUGACACCACAAAGGCGAUGCUACAACGGCACCCUGCCAUCCGAGGGCAUUUAUCUCUAUUGCAAAACAUGGUCUUACCGGAGUCUAUGCUGCUAGGGGGGGGGCCAGGUGAUGAAGUCGGUGAACCAGCGCCGUAAGGAGCGUCGGGAGAUUCAACAAAAGCUCAGCGCCGUCGGCGACGAUGCGGAGGCGCGGGUUGCCGCACUGGAGAAGAUCCGAGCGAAGAAGGACGUGAAGGAGUACUAUCGCUUUGACGACCUUCUCGCCGAGGACCUCGCUCGUCGGGGCGAUGGUGGGAGCGGCCAGCCAGGGGCAAGUGCCGAAGAUGACGAAGACGACGCCACGAGGGUGCUCAAAUGGCGACGCGAACAGGAGAAAACCGACGCGAUCGAUGCCGCCCGGCGUGCUAAGGAAGUGGAACAGCGUUUUGAGCGUAGCAAGAGCCUCAGUGCCUUGGCGAAGGUAAUUCGUCGACAGAAUGAUGGAAUUAGGAAGCAACUAACCCAAAAGAAGGAUAGUCGGUUUAAACCUACCGCAUCACGCCGCGCGCGGUAGACUUGGAGUCGACAGUUCACACGGGCUUUGACAACGAACUUGCUUUUGUGAUUGAAAUGUGGCUAUUUUUGGUGUUUCUACACCGUACUCCCUUAAACUUUUACAGUUUACGACUUAAACGAGACGAUAUUCUAAUUAAUAUGCAUUUAUAACAACACACACGCGCAUAUAUAUAUAAAUAUAUAUAUAUGGCACA